AUGGCUGAAGGCAGUCAACAAGCGGUCAUUGAUAGCGAUUUGGACCGAAUUCCUCUACCAGAGUACGAGGAAGAGGACAGCUAUCUUCCUAGCAAAGACGACGCUUCGUUGGACUUCUAUGAAGCAUGCGCGGAUGGCGAUGUCGAUGAGUUGGCAUCGUACAUUGAGGAAGAGCACCCUGACCCGAGAGACCUCCAGUAUGGCCUGGAGCACGCCGCAUUCGCCGGCAACCUCGCCACCAUCCGAUACCUACUCGAGCGUGGAGUACGGCUACAUAGAAACGCAUUCCACCGCAAGCUCUCUGUGACAGAGACGACGGGUGGACCCAAGUCACAGACGAUUUUUCAUCAGGCCGUUCCGCGAGUGAUUCAAAUUCUCGAAUUAUACCUCGAAUUUGGAUGGCAUCCGAACCAACACUGGACGGAUGCGGCGUCCGGAACCCGUGACGUCUUCAUUCUGGAAUGCGGAUCCGUUCUCAUGGAGAAAGCAUUGGUAGAAUGGCUCCUGGAUCACGGCGCAGAUCCGACCACGCACACGCCAAUUCCAAUUGUUGACCUGGCCGCCAUGUGCCAUCAGGUUGAGGUACUCGACCUAUUGCUCUCGCGUGGCGCCUGCGUCACGGAAGCAAGACCUUUGCAGAGACUCGCCAUCCUUAUGGGCGGAAGGGUCGGUGGCGGGACUGUCCCACCGGGGCCGGACCCUUUUGGCCGUUUCAAGACGGCCGAGUGGUGUCUCGACCACGGCUUCGAUAUCCAUGCCGUCGCAAACGUCAAGGAUAGGUGCGGAAUACCAAUCGGCAUGGCCGAGGUGCCUGCUACUGCCCUUGGACUUGCCUGCGCUAUGCUGGAUUUUGAGUAUGCGGAGUGGUUAUUUGAUCACGGUGCGGAUCCAGACACUGCCAAAGAGAUCGGCCCGAAGCUUUUCGGAGUGUUUUCCAACAAGGCGAAUGAUCAAUAUAUCGAAUUCGUUCGGAACUUGUGCACGAAACGAGACUCCAAACAGCUUGAUGAAUCUUCAGCUGACGACAUGUCCCAGCAGCAGUAA